UUUAGGUCUGCACCGGAAGUGCCUGUGCUGCCGAUGUGGUACCUACUGAUUGCGGUUUCGGUCGCCCUCCCUUGUUUUCCUGGCUGGGUAUUUGCGUCGCACCAUGGCGCCUAAGGGAAAAGUGGGCACAAGAGGGAAGAAGCAGAUAUUUGAAGAGAACAGAGAGACCCUGAAAUUCUACCUGCGGAUCAUACUGGGGGCCAAUGCCAUUUACUGUCUUGUGACCUUGGUCUUCUUCUACUCAUCUGCCUCAUUUUGGGCCUGGAUGGCCCUAGCCUUUAGUCUGGCAGUAUAUGGGGCCAGCUACCACUCUAUGAACUCGAUGGCACGGGCAACCUUCUCAGAGGAUGGGGCCUUGAUGGAUGGUGGCAUGGACCUCAACAUGGAGCAGGGCAUGGCAGAGCAUCUUAAGGAUGUGAUCCUACUGACAGCCAUCGUGCAGGUGCUCAGCUGCUUCUCCCUCUACGCCUGGUGCAUAUGGCUUCUGGCUCCAGGCCGGGCCCUUUACCUCCUAUGGGUGAAUGUGCUGGGCCCCUGGUUCACAGCAGACAGUGGCGCUCCAGCACCAGAGCACAAUGAGAAACGGCAGCGCCGACAGGAGCGGCGGCAGAUGAAGAGGUUAUAGGCACUGACUUUGUGGCCACAGGUUGCUGGGCCCUGGGUGGCUCUAUCAGGUGUCACGGCCCUCAUGCCAGGAGCAAUGAGGGCCUAGUCCGGGGGUAAAAGCAGUCCGAGGGUAGGAUUGUUUAAUAAAUGACUUAGAAUGUG